AUGCGUCAAGUGGGAUUUCUGCUAUUAUCCCUUGCGGCUAUCGUCUCUCUUGUGGCUGGAAGUGACCCUGACAAUUAUUUCACGAGUCCAGCUGACAACACUGGCAUCAAUCCGGUCUUCACACUAGGUGACAAGCUAGUUGUCUCAUGGAAGACCAGGCUUGAUGUAUUCAAUGUCUCUAUCUGGCAGCAAAGCUUAGUAGAGACAGGUGCCGCCAGCCAGGGAAAUAUAUAUUCUAAAAUACACUCCACUGAUAAAGUCACCAAUUUCACAUGGGUUGUCCAGGUGUACGGAUUUGAUCUUUCAUACUCCAACGAAUUCUUCCUCUGGGUCAACCCAGAUGAAAAGGGUGGAUUUGUUUCUACGUACUUCAACAUCACCGAACCUGCCUCCACUACCAGCACUGCGUCUUCAUCAGCAUCCACAUCUGCAUCUGCAUCGACGAAGACGCAGAACACGGCCACCACACCCUCCUCCCUCACAUCGGCAUCAUCGUCUUCUUCGGACCCAUCUUCUCAAACAUCCGAGUUAACUCUGACCGGAAAGAUCGCAAUUGGAAUCGGUGCCGGUGUUGGACUUCCGAUACUGUGUGCUUUGGGUGCCCUUCUCUAUCUCAAGACACGAAAAUCAGAUAACAAGAUUGAAAAAACAAUCUCACCACCGGAGCCAAUGCCGCCAUGGAUGGUUAUGCAGAACCAGCAUGCUCAGAUAUCAUGGCCCAAGGAGGUGCAUGGAUCGAGCCUGAAAGCCUCUUUUGCCGAGCUACCUAAUCAGCCAUAUCGGUGA